AUGGAAGGUUCAUCAUAUAAUUCUGAUUGCCUUAAUCAGAGCUCGACUCCUAAUACAGAAGAUAAGAAAAAUAAUAGUCCAGCCUUGAAUAUGAGACACUCUAAGAAUACUAUCAAUAAGGGUAGCAUGGUGGCAGAAGCUUCUCCAGGUUAUACAGACUCAACCCCUUUAGAAAAGGGUGAAACAGAUGAAGGGGAUACUGGAAAUAGUAUCAUUAAUGCAAAGGAAAUAGAUCAGGUUGGCAGUGACGAAGGUGAUUCCUCUUUUGAUAUUACGGAAGAUUCUAUUGACUCAUCUUUUGAAGAAGCAAGUAGUGGUGAAAGAAAUGAAAAGUUCACUUGUAAGAUUUGUAAGAAAGUGUUUUUUUCAAGGAGGGGAUACACAAAUCACAAGCGUAUACACAAGAGUGAUAGGCCAUUGUUAGGUGGUGAAGAGAAUGAAAGUUUCACUUGCAAGGUUUGUAAGAAAGUAUUCCUUGCUAAAAAGAUAUUCACACGUCACAUGCAGAUACACAAGAAUUCUAGACCAUUUUUGUGUGAUGUUUGUGGAAAGACCUUUGGUAGCCUUAGGUAUUUGGAUUUGCACAUUUUAACACAUACCAAAUUGAAAGAACAUACCUGUGAAGAAUGUGGUAAAAGUUUCACUCAUUAUUGGCAUUUAACAUCCCAUGCUGUAGUACAUAGUAAUGAGAAACCAUUUCAGUGUGAAGUGUGUGGUCGUAAUUUCCGUCGUAUAGCCACAUUACGUUUCCAUAAGAGAACUCACACAAAUGAGCGACCCCACAAAUGUGAUGUGUGUGGAAAAUCUUUCACCCAGCCCAGUAGCCUAAAGACACACCAGAACUUGCAUUCAGGAGACAGACCACAUUUUUGUAAUGUUUGCAAUGAAAGGUUUACAUUGAAGUCUGUUUUGCAGUCACAUAUGCGUACGCACACUAAGGAAAAACCAUUUAGUUGUGAGUACUGCAAUAAAAGCUUUGCUCAGCUUGGUGCUCUGAAGAAUCACUUGAAGACACAUGGGAAUGAUAAGACUAGAAUUUCUGUGCGUAAGAAAGAAGAUUCUUCAAGUGAUGAUGACACACCAUCCAAAGAGAAAACUAAAAAGCACCAGUGUGAACAUUGUGGCCGCUCGUUUGCUGCUAAAAACACCUUGAAAAUACAUAUGAUGAGACAUAGAGGAGAAAGACCUCAUAAAUGUAAUGUCUGCUCUAAGAGUUUCACGCAGUCAAGUACCUUGAAAAUUCAUAUGCGAACUCACACUGGUGAUAAACCAUAUGCUUGUAGUGUUUGUGAUGCUCAUUUUACUUAUAAGUAUGCUCUCCAGAAGCACUGUUUAAAACACAAAAAUACGAGAGAAUUGAGGGAUGAAGAAUGUCUGGAACAGGAAGAUAAUGGGAACAAAGUGGAAUUAAGUGAAGAAGAAGACAUUGAUACUAACCAAACAGUAUCAUGGACAGAUGAUGAAAAUGAAGUAGAGAAAAAGGAUAGUGGUGAAGUUCAACAUAAAGAAUUGAGUAAGAAUGUCAGUAGUAAUGAAAAUUAUGUUAAGGAUACAAAUGUGAAGUUUGAUGGUGGUGAAGAUCAAAGAAAAAAUAUUAAAAAUAGAACACCCAUGAACUUUUUAGCAGUAUUUCAGUCUUCUCUCAAAGCUUCUCCUGACUCUGAUUAG